AUGGUUACUGCAUCUCAAGUUUACAGAUCUACAAGAUCUGCCGAGAAGGAAACUAAAUCCUUUGAGGCCGCUGUCAUUCAAGGUUUGGCCAGCGAUGGUGGUCUAUUCCUCCCACCAACCAUCCCACAAGUUUCCCACCAGACUUUGUUCACAAAGUGGAAUAAGUUGUCCUUCCAGGAAUUGGCUUUAGAAAUUAUGAAGCUAUACGUGGACUCUGCUGAAAUUCCAGAACAGGACUUGAAGAACCUGAUUGAGAGAUCUUACAGUACAUUCCGCGCUCCAGAGGUUACUCCAUUGGCCAAGAACGUUACUGGUAACGGUGAGAACUUACACGUUCUGGAACUUUUCCAUGGUCCUACCUACGCCUUCAAGGAUGUUGCCCUACAGUUUUUGGGUAAUCUAUUCGAGUACUUCUUGAUGAGAACCAACAAGGAUAAGCCAGAAGGUGAAAGAAAGCAAAUCACUGUUGUGGGUGCCACUUCAGGUGAUACCGGUUCCGCAGCAAUCUAUGGGUUGCGGGGCAAGAAGGACGUUUCUGUCUUUAUUUUGUACCCAACUGGCAGAAUCUCUCCAAUCCAAGAGGAACAAAUGGCAACCGUGCCUGAUAAAAAUGUCCAAACUUUGUCGGUCAAGGGGACUUUCGACAACUGUCAAGACAUCGUCAAGGCCAUUUUCGGUGACAAAGACUUCAACUCCAAGCACAACGUUGGGGCUGUGAACUCUAUUAACUGGGCCAGAAUUCUUGCUCAGAUCACAUACUACUUUUACGCUUACUUUCAAGCUUCUAACGGGGAAAACGGCAAGGUCAAAUUUGUCGUGCCAAGUGGUAACUUUGGUGACAUAUUGGCCGGAUAUUUCGCCAAGAAAAUGGGUCUACCUAUUGAGAAAUUGGUGAUCGCAACCAAUGAGAACGAUAUACUGGACAGAUUCCUAAAGUCUGGGGUUUACGAAAGAUCCGACAAGGUCUCGUCUACUUUGUCCCCAGCGAUGGACAUCUUGAUCUCUUCCAACUUUGAAAGACUGCUUUGGUAUCUAGCCAAAGAAUAUGAAGCUGGUAAUGGCGAUUUGAGGGCUGGUGAAGUCGUUAAUAACUGGUUCAACCAUUUGAGGAGCGAGGGCAAGUUCAAAGUUGACCAGAAGAUCAUUGACGGUGCUUUGAAAGACUUCGCCUCCGAAAGAGUCUCCGAUGAACAAACUACGGCCACCAUCAAAAAGAUGUACGAAAUCUCGGAAAAUCCAAAACACUACAUAUUGGACCCCCACACUGCUGUCGGUGUUUGUGCCACAGAAAGAUUAAUCGCAAAGGACAAAGACGCUUCCAUAAGCUACGUUUCUCUGUCCACCGCUCAUCCAGCCAAAUUUGCCGCAGCAGUCAAUAAUGCGCUAUCUUCGUUCCCAGAAUACUCCUUCGAAAGAGACGUUCUACCAGCUGAAUUGAAGAAACUGUCCACUUUGCCAAAGAAACUAAAGUUUAUUGAGAAACCAGAUAUAGAAUUGGUGAAAAAUGCCAUUGAAGAGGAACUUGCCAAGAUGGACCUUUAA